AUGCGUUCCUCGCUCUCCCUCGCCGCGCUCGUCGGCGUCGCAGCCACGGGCGUGCUGGGCGCCCCGCUGCUGGGCCUCAAUGUCGACGUGCAGGAGACGCCGCUGCGCCCCGACGGCCGCUACGGCGGUGCCGACCUCAACCUUACCCGCGUGCUGCAGCAGGCCGUGCGCCUCUCGGAGCACUCGUGGGAGUACGGCGCGGCGACGCAGGCGCUGCUCGAGGUGCUCUCGCCCGAGCUCAGCGUCUUCAGCCGCGACGCCUUUCCCGACGACCGGCUGCCGGCGCCCGACGCCGCGACGCCGGCGCUGGCGUACGCGCGCCGCCACAUCCGCACCGACAAUACGACGCUCGUCGAGGGCGACGGCUCGGCGGCGGACCCCAUGUCGCUCGGCGUCGCCGCCGUGCUGCUCGGCCAGACGCAGCCGAGCUACCGCCGUGCCGCGCAGCGCCAGAUGCAGUACAUGCUCACGCAGGUGCCGCGCGGGCCCAACGGCGCCAUGAGCAUGCGCGACAACUACUUCGAGACGUGGGCCGACUACAUGUUCAUGGCGCCGCCGACGCUGGCCUACUACGCCGUCGCGACACGCAAUGCGUCGCUGCUGCGCGACGUCGUGCGCGACAUUGGCGCGCAGCGCGCGAUCCUGCGCGGCAACCAGACGGGCGACGUCGCCGGGCUGUGGACGCACAUCGUCGGCCCGCGCUCCCAGACGCUCGGCCUCUGGACGUCGGGCAACGGCUGGGCCGCGCUCGGCAUGGUGCGCGUGCUGGCGACGAUCAAGCACUGGCAGUACAGCAACCUCAACCUCAACGCCGAGGCCGCCGAGCUGCGCACGUGGCUCUACGACCUCUUCGGCGGCCUGCGCGGCGCCGCCAAGGACCCCGACAACGGCCUCUACCGCGUCUACCUCGCCGGCGGCGCCCGCGGCAUCGACGACGGCGACAACGACGAGUGGAAGGGCGACGUGGCCGGCUCGGCGGCGCUUGCCGCCGCCGCGUUCCGCCUCGCCGUGCUCGACCGCGCCAACGCCACCGACGUGCUGCCGUGGGCGCUGGAGAUGCGCGACGCCGUCAACAAGGCCGUCGACCCGGCGACGGGCAUCGGCGCGCCGGCCGUGAACCCGCUCGACUGGUUCUCCAAGGUGCCCUUCACCAGCGGCAGCCCCGAGGGCCAGGCGUUCAUCGCCAUGAUGGGCGCCGCGCAUGCCGACUGCGUCGCCGCCCAGGUCUGCGAUGCCUAG